GUUUUACGAGUAACAAAAAGACGGGCCUCGCUAAUUUAUCGUUUAGUUUGGGACGGGCCUCGCAAUUUCCUCGUAAUCUUACGAGGUUUUUACGAGAAAGAGGAACACGGGCCUCUUUAAUUCCUCGUAAACUUACGAGGAAAUUGCGAGACCUCCGUAACUUAUAUAUACAACCUCACAAACCUCACACUGUCCAUUCCUCCCAACUUCCUCUCCACUUCCUCCCCAUUUCGUCUCUAACUCCUUUCCCAUUCCUCUCUCCUCCGAAAAUGGUUCGCCAGCGCAUGCUUACUGCUCACUACAGGGAGAUAUUCGGUGAGCCUGGUAGUCAGUUAGACCCGCCAGGUUCUUCUUCAGGUGCCGGCGGUUCAGGUUCUUCGGAUCAGGAGUCUGUUCCCGAGACUCAGCAUUUCUUCCCUCCGAUUCCUCCUCCGAUGGCUCAGCCUCAGCCGAUGGCUCAGCCGAUGGCUCAGCCGAUGGCUCAGCCGAUGGCUCCUCCGGUGCCUCCUCCGAUGGCUCCUCCUGAGAUCCCCGCCGCUGUUCAUCCCGAUCUCAUGGUGCCACCUACUGUUCCCUUCUCGCAGUACACUGUCGAGGAUAUUCUUGGUAUGCCAGGCAGAGCUGGUUUACCAAUCAUAGACCCCGACAGACCCGACGGGACUUUAUGGUUUGGGGUUGACAAUUCCCUUGCGACAGAUGUAACCGAGACGAUUAAAGGUUACUUCUCCAUGGCGCAUCCAAACUGGAAAUUGACGCCGAUCUACAUCCGAAAGACGUGGUUCAAGAUUUACGCUCAAAAGUAUCAUUGGUCCAUCGGGGUCAGUGAGAGAGUGAGGAAGGCGUUUUACGAAAAGGCGCAAGUUCGCUUGUCGGACACGGUUUGCAACUGGAAGGGUGCCUGGAUCGUCAAGGGGUACACCCGUGGCAAACCCGCUGAGCUUACCACGGAUGUUUGGGACGGCCUCAUCCGUUACUGGAAGGAUCCUAACUCCAUUAGGAUCGCAAACAUUUGUGCUGCCGCCCGUAACACGGUAGACGAGCACGGUAACGGCCCGAUGCUACACUCUACGGGCCAAAAACCACAUGCCGGUGUCCGUUUGAAAAUGGCCAAAGAGUUGGGACGUCUCCCGACUCUUCCGGAACUUUACGAGCGGACCCACAAAAACAAGGCGGGCCAGUUUUUAGAUGGCAAGUCCGAGCAAAUCUACAACAACGUAAUUGCUCGGGUUGAGGAGCGCCAGACUCAGCUGACCCAGCAGUCCGGCGACGGAUUACCAGUUACCUUAUCCACAACUGAAGUGGAUAAGAUUUACGAGGAGGUUGUCCCUAAGAAAAAGGGACGUACGUUGGGGAUCGGUUCCGUCAAUGAUGUCCCGAGAGCGACAUCAUCUUAUGCUCAGAGACAGACCGAAGAAGUCACUCAGUUGCGUUCCGAGCUGGGCGCGACCAAAAGCCGUGUGAGUGGACUCGAAGCCUUCAUCGACGUUAUAGCGUCCACAAAUCCGGAAUGGGAAGCUUUGUUGAGGAACAUGAAACAACAAAAUCCCAUUCCAGGCGAGUCAUCGGGCACACAUAACGAGGAGGAUGUUACGAGGAGGAGCGAGGAAUUCUACGAGGCGAUGAACGAGCCUUAGUUUUUUUAGUUUUUUUUCGGUUUAUGUAUUAUAAAAUCCAAAACUUAAUUAUAUAUAAAAUAUUUUCUUGCUUGUGAAUUUUAUUUAAAAUUUAUUUAUAAAUCCAAUAUUUAAAUAUUUUUAUUUUGUUAAAUUAAUAAUUAUUAUAUUUAUCAAAUAAUAUUUUAUU